AGGUCACCAUGUCCUGUUGCUCUGUUCUACUAAUCUUCCCCCAGCACACUCGGAGUUGGACCCUGCAGCUGCACACUUAAUUGCCCAGCAAUACUUGGACAGACCAGCAUCAUCUCUCUUCCUUAGCUUCACUGUGUUGAAAUGCUGAUGGCUUUAAGUUAUGGUAGCCAGCCUAAUCUGCUUCCACAGCAGUACCCUCCUCCUCCUCUACUGCCAAAACCAGGACGAGACAAUGCCCGUCUGCAGAAACUCCUAAAGAAAAGUGCCAAAAAGAAAGUCGGAUCUUCCUCUCAGACACCCAUCCCAUUUAGGUCAAACUUGUCACCUGUAAAUGAGGCGAGCCCUGACCUGGAACACAGUGACUACUCCACCCCACCAAGGACUCCAGAAACCCCUCUCUUCAGCAGGACCCUUGACUCUCAAUAUUCCUCCAGCAGCCCUUUCUACCAUCACUCUGCCUCCCCAUACUUAUACCCUCCCAACAGCUCACACUACAGCUCUACGCCCACACUGUCUGCGCAGUCAUACUCUUACCCUGCCCGAUCACUGGAGCACCAGAUAGCACCUCUUUACACAUGCUCAUCUAUCCUUUUUGACGAUGACUCAGAGCAGGUCACAGACGCUGACCCAGAUCCAUCCUUUGAGAUAGCCUUCAGUCAAACGCUUCAGUCCAGUUCCUCAAGAGCAGGAACGACACAUGGGACGUUCGGUGAACGACAGGCUUAUCAAGCCUCAGUGCAAAUACAAGCUCCCCCUUUGGCUCCAGUUCGACCUCCUGCUCCAAAUUUGACAUCAGGCUGUGCGCCGGGUUACCAGACACAACCUUCCACCUCUCAGGUUCCAGUGAGCCAGUCCAGUGGGGAAGGAUAUAAAAACUUUGCACCUGCACUCAUUACUCACACACCUCUCACGCAAAAUCACGUCAUGGAAACAGCUCCGUCACACUUCAAGACUUCCACAACGGAGAAAAUAGCUGCUUUUCCACAAACAAGGAUUUAUAUUCCAAAAACAUCAUUUUAUGAGAUAUCAAAGCCACCUAUUCAGGAUUCCUGGACUGGUUCAACUUUUCAAGGAGAACCACCAUUUAAUGCAAAAAACCCAGUGAUAGAUGUUAAGCAAAAUUCAGGGAUGCUGUAUGAAGCUCAAACAACUUCUACUCAGAUAAAUACAUAUGUAAACCCAGUUACGGAGGCGAAAAGACCUAUUUUGGAGGCUUCUGCAGAUAAUCGAACUUUGUUUGCAAUUAACUCUUCAUUAUCCUCCACAACGGUCUCUACAGAAAACCAACAAGGCCCCAUACCUCAAAAUCACUGGCUCCAACCUCCCUCAUCGACUAGUGUAAAAGCUCAAAGUCCAGCAGUUGGUCAUGAUGAUGGCCUGAAAAAAAUUGCUGUGGAUAAAAUAAGGAAUUCCACUCCAAAUGGUGUUGUGUUCGCCCCAGGACUCAAACCCUUCAUUUCUAAUGCCUAUUCUGAGGAAUGCUUGACACCGAAGAUUUCUAAAUGUGAGGUUUCCUUAUCCAAGACUCUUGCUGAAGCUAGUAAGCCAAGCUCUAGAGCAUGUGAGGUUCUUACAUCUACAGUUCAACAGGAGUAUCCAAUGACUAAAACUGAAACACCAGAAACCUGUAUAAUGACACCAGCCAAGCUUGUUCCAACAGAUAUAAGUCAGGAGACGUCUAUGCCUAUACUCUCCCAAAACUAUCAAACAUCAAGUACUCCAGUAUACUGGUCACCAAGACCACCAGCACGGUUUGUAGGCAACCAGAGGCCAUCACAAAAUGAUAUUAACAUCCCAAAACGAAAGUCAACUUACUACGGUUUGACACCUGCUGAAUAUAUUGCUUAUGGUGGAAUCAAGGUGAAUUCACAUAGUGAUCCUUCUGGAUCUAAGCCUGAUGAAGUACCAGAAGAUUGCAUGGAGAAAUCUUCAACCAAGACAUCACCAGAAAAGUUCAGUACUCUAUCUGAUUUCAAUGCAGGGAAAUCCUCAGAGGCUUUACAAACUUCUGUGGCUGCACUGCCCUCGCAAAUCUUGAUGGCAAACCAGGCAAAAGUAGAAGUAACUGACAAAACUAAAACUGAAAUACAAACUAUGAAUAAUUCCACUUUGGAAAUACCAGUUCAACUUCAGAAGGAGCAAGAGACAAUCCCUGGAGUAAAACCAGUGCCUUUAGCUUUAAAUCCUAAAGACGCAAUGUACAAUGGGCUUAAAAUGACACCUUUAAAAAUGGCCAUAAGUGCCACUGUUGUAGCAGAGGCUCCUAGACAACCAAACUCAGGGUCUACAGACAUCCCCACCACUCCUUUUACAGCAGAGGGGAAAAAAAUGCCAACUUACCCUUUUCCCCUGGUCCAAUCAAAUAUUCCGAACUCAAAUAUAACCGGAUUGUUAACAAAGAAUUUCUCAUCGGUUCAAAAUAUCCCACUGCAAACAUCGCAGUCAGAGAAUGCACACAGAUCUACAUAUCCAACAGAAAGUUUUAAUCCUUCAUCUGUGAAUGCAAUGAGUCUAGUUUCUGCAAAUCAAGAAUGGAAAACCAUGUCAUGUUUGUCCAAGUGUUCUUUAGAAACCCACCAGACUUACUCCGCUGUUUGUGACUCUUCUACUGCUAUCAAUACAGGUAAUGAACUUGAUAAAAUCACAACAAACUCAACCAAUGUCACAGACUCUAGAUUGCCAUCUGCAGACACCAGAAGUUACACUAAAGUUCCGCCUGAUAUUACACCUACAGCCCUCUCAAAGUCAGAGGAAACUAAAUCUACAGCUCACUCAAAGUUAGGUGCAUCUAUCUUUACUGCCCCCUCAAAGACAGAAAUAUCCAGACCUGGAUCCGCAUGUAUAUCUAAUGCAGACAGUCCUGAUGUUUUGCACAAAUCAAAUAUAUUUAGUCCUCCAACCCCUGCUAAAACAGAUAUAUUCAAUAUUUCAAGUCACUCUAAACCAGAGGGAUCUGCAGUUUUAAUAAACCCAAAUUCAACACCUCCCUCCUUGAAAUCCAUUGGUAAAAUCAAUCAAACCCUUGAAGAAACCAAAGGUCAGCAGAUGCAGAAACAUGACAAGAAUGUGAAAUCUAUUCUAAGCCCUUUAAACAAAACAAACAGGUCAUCCAGUGUCCCCUCAGAUGCACAGAUAUUUUCACCUGCGCCUAACAGUGAAGCCCCAGUUACCCCUCUGGCAAUGGAGAAAUCUUCUAAACAAGGCAACAGCAAUGAAGGAUUCAUUGCCCAUAAAAAAGAGCCAAACCAAAAGAGCCAUUUGGCAUCAGACUUGCAGGACUCCAAUAAAACGAACACUGAUUUCAAAGCUGCAGCUAAAGUUACAGCUGAAUCUAAAUUAAACAAUUCACCAACGCAACAAAUACAUUCAAAAGCAAUAAUCAAACCAUCAAAUAACGUACACCAAGACACUAAAACGAAUAUGGAAAGUGUGCAGACCAAACCCUUAAAAUCUGAUACUCAAAAGCCAUCUUUAAAUAUGAAGUCUCUUCGAAAAGCUCCAAGUGCAGAAAACAGUCUUGCCGCUAUGCUUCUCAAGGCUGCGAAGUCUCUACAACUCUCUUCAUCGGAAGGAAGCUCUGCUAAAUCCCAGACAGAACCUAAAGCAUCUAAUAUGGAUGUAAAGGCACAACAUGCACAGGACUCAAAAGCUGAUUUCAUCACAGAUGCAAAAGUCAAAAUGCCUAAGUCUGAUACCUCAAAACCCCAAAAGUGUGCAAAUGAAAGGCAAAAUGAGCCUGUAGCCACUGAAGAUGCUCUCUCUGAACCCACACCAGAUGAUCAGAAGAAACAAGAUGAACCUAAGGGUGCUCAGAAACCCAAAGGCCUGAAGGCCAAGCUCAGUGGCUGGACAAGGCUGAAAAAGCACAUGGUGGUUGAACCUGAAGCCCCCAGUUUUCCAGAGCCUGAGGUGGAGAAAAAUGCUCAAAGAGUAGAUGUAAAAAUAAGUGGUAAAGACAAAGAAGAGUCAUUGGGUGGACAGGAUGUAGUGAAAAGGAAAGAUGAGCCCAGGGCAACAAAAAUGUGGGAUGCUGUGCUUUUUCAUAUGUUUGCAACAAAGGAAAACAUCAUGAAGCAGAUACAAAGCAACAAAACCGAGGAAGAGCGGAAAAACAUUGGGAAGGAUGACCAGUUAGUUCCAUCCUUUGUCCACCGCUUGCCCCUCCUUCUCUACAGUCCGCGUUUUGACGCCCGGAAGCUGAAGGAGGCAGCUGCGAAACCCCUCAACAAAAUAGCUACAGCCUUUGAAAGAGGGCUGCUGCAUCGCAAACAGAUAGGUGAAGAGCCGAAGGACUUCAACAGAACAGCCAAAGGAUUUGGUUCAUCUACAGGAAAAACAGCAGAUGUUUGAUUGCAUUGCAUAUGUACAGUGUUGAUUUGAAGUAUAGUACUGUAAAUUUAUUUCCCUUAUUUUCAGUAAGACAAACAAGCUAUGUGGUGUGCUCUGCUCUGAGCAGUGCAGUAAGGUUCUGGUCAGCAGAAAUGGAGGCCUAUGCAUUCCUGCAUUGAGAGGGCGACUGAUGGGUGCAGCUGUUCGGGAUGUGGCGAGUGAGGAAGUGAGCGAGGGCUGAAAACGUAAUGGUGAGAAUGAUCAAACAAGGAAAGUGGCUCAGAGAGUGGCAUCCGGGGUUUAGGUUUGCGCAAGUCAGCUGAGCCGGGUGGUGCGAGCAGACGUGUUUAGAAUAGAGAGCUUCAGAAUGUGACGUUCUGAGUGUCAAAAGCCCUGCUCAGAAUGAGUUAUGACAUGAUGGCGGUGUUUUUCUUUUUAAAAAGGUCAGAGGGAAAAGUAAAACGUGGGGAAAGGACAUUUAAAAUAAAUCAAAAUCUUAAGAUGUUGAUAAUGGAAUAAGACUGAAAUGUAUAAAAACUAGUUUUAAAUGCGCUUUUUUAAGUUUAAAACCAGUGUUGGAUGUUUUCUUGCUAACACAUUUCUAGUGAAAAGCUACAAGUGAUUUCAUGCUUAUGGAUUCAUUUUUUGUUCAGUGUCACAAAUACUGAGCAUGAUUAGAUGGACAAGUGUGACAGCAGGCAUGUGAAUUUUACAGAACACUACCCAGGACUGCUGGGGGAGAAAAACUGUGGUAAGGCAGGCCUUGUACUUUAGGGAUCUCUGUUGCAAAAUCCAGCUGACUGCCGUGUCGUGCCCUUUACUCACUCAACAUGCACAUAGGUCAGGAUAGUUCAACUUUGACAUGUUUCUGAGACCUAGUUCUGUGUAGUAGCACAGAACUGGCUGCAAAGAUCCUAAGUAUGGAAUAGCAUUUUGUAAUGCACAAUGCAGUGAGAAACCACAAUAAACAGUCUUUAGCAAUUAAUCAUUAUACACUGCCCUACUCUGUACACCCAUAAGCUAUUUUGAUGUAGCUAGUGUGUUUGUUUUUAUAGAUAUGCAGCAGCUAAUGUACAGCACAUUAUAUUUUAGUCACUUUGGUACAGCAUGAAUUAUGUCUGUGUAGUAAUGAACACGUUGAGUUUAUAUUUUGUUAUUUUGCAUAAAAGAUUUUAAUAAAGAAGGUAAAU